AUGGCUGUAAAUCCACAAGCUUUCGAGCAGUUCACUCUGAGACAAAUUCGCAUCACUGAGAAUGAGUUAGGACAUGGUUCCUACGCUGUUGUCAUGGAACUAGAGUAUCAAGGACUGAAAUGUGCCGGCAAGAAGCUUCACGGAGUUCUCUACGAAGCUGGAAUCGGGUAUGCAGCACAAAGGUAUCUGGAGGAGUGUCACCUGCUCAGUCAAACUAGGCAUCCCAAUAUUGUUCAGUUUCUGGGAGUCUGUUUUGAGGAAGGCUCUCAGUUCCCCAUCCUAGUCAUGGAGUUCCUCCCCACCAACUUGACCAGCUGUCUCGAGCACUACGGUAUUCUCCCCGAUGAGAUCAACUUCUCUAUCCUCAAUGACGUCUCACUGGGUCUGGUCUACCUCCAUGGCCAAACACCAGUCAUUGUGCACAGAGACCUCUCAGCCAACAAUGUCCUCUUGUCCACCAACAUGACGGCCAAGAUAUCCGAUCUGGGGGUUGCUCAAAUAUUGAAUCUCAACCUCCAUCAAGUGAAUCGAAUGACGGAGACCCCUGGCACUCCAGCGUACAUGCCCCCCGAAGUGAUGGUUGCUGACCCUCACUACGACACCAGUGUGGAUGUGUUUUCCUUUGGGGUCAUGAUGAUUCACACCUUCACAGCAGAGUGGCCACUACCAAGUAUCGGCCCCACCAGAAUUGAUCCUGCUGAUCCUGACAGACUGAUACCAGUGACGGAAGCUGAACGACGCACAGAGUUUCUUGGAGAGAUUCCCCCAGACCACCCUCUGAUGGAUCUCAUCAUGUGCUGUCUCAACAACAACCCUCAGCGAAGGCCUAGAGCAGUGGAGAUAGUAGGUCGGAUGGUGGGUGUGGUACUUGAACACCCUCCCUCCUUUGAGAACAGAGUGGAGAUGCUCCGGCGAGUGAGUGCCCUACUGACAGAGAAGAGGGAGCUUGAGGAGGAGGUUGUGAGGAAGGACUCGGCAACCCAGGAAAAAGCAGGAGAGAUCGAGGCACUGGCGGAGGAGAAAAAACCACAAGAGGAAGAAAGUGAAAACACUGUCGAGCGUAUGCAGUUGGUGCACUCUGUGGAAACUGAUCAGUAUAAAUUGGAGAAUGAAUAUCUUAAAGGUAAACUCGAAGAUAAACAGACAAUUGUUAACACAAAAGAUGAAUUCAUUAUUUCAAGAAAUGCUAGGAUUGUGGAAUUAGAAACUCGAUGCAAGCAACUCACUGAAGAGGUGGAACAACAAAUUGCUCUCACUCAAAACAAAUGUGCAAUUAAAGCUGCGAAAAUAGCUCAACUGGAAACAGAAGUUGCUAAAAUCAUUACACAAGUAGAACAGGAACAAACGUUUUUAGCAGAAAAAGACACUUGUUUAGCUGACAAAAACUCUAUUAUCGUUUACAAAGAUUCGAUGCUUGCCUCCAAAGACACUUCCCUUCAAAAGAAUAAAACCACCAUUCAGAGUUUAAACAACCAACUGACCAAAACCAGAGACUACCUGACCAGCAAACCACAGUCCCUACAGGUUAAGUUGUCCUACAGUCAGUGCUCUGAGGCUCCAGUGAAAAUGUGUAAGGGACUAGCUGUAACCAUCCACAGCAAGGUCUACUAUGGUGGAGGAGACUGUGAUGACGAUGAUGAGUACAGUGUCCACUGUUACGAUCCGCCACAAGACGUCUGGUUAACUCUGCCCAGACUUCCUGUGCGCUAUUUUGGUCUAGGAGAGGUCAAAGGUGAACUGAUAGCAGUUGGCGGUGUGGAUUCAUCCCGUUCUACAUGCAAUCUGAUACAUGUGUUUAACAAAGGAAGGAACUGGAAACGGACGAUCUCACCCAUGCCCACAGCGAGAAGUUGGCCAGCAGUCGUUAGCCUUCGAACAGAUCUGGUCGUAGCAGGAGGUCGGUUGGGCUCUGGAGGCUACACUGAUAAUGUUGAGAUCUACAACAUCAGAACCUCCCAGUGGAGCGAGACAGACAGACUACCGUAUGUUUGUAAGGACCAAAGAGGAAUUGUUUGCAACAACACAGUGUACCUACUGGGUGGUUGGGAUGGCAUUUCUCUAAACAAGGUGUUAGCUGCUCAAAUCGACAAACUCAUCUCAGCAGACCGACAGGAUGAUGGGAGUGCCAACAAAGCCGACUUUGUCUGGAUUGCAAUAUCCAACACACCGUCUUACCUGCCCUCCCCUGUAACGAUAUCCGACACCCUCUUUGCUGUUGGUGGAGAGGAUAGUGGUGAAGCCACUCAAAGGAUCUACGCCUACUCAUCCUCGAUGGACUCCUGGCUCUACGUUGGUGAUCUACCAUCUCCUAUAGCACACGCUGCCACUGUGUCACUGUCUCCAACAGAGUGUCUUGUGAUUGGGGGGUGGAAAAACCAACACAUAUCAACUGUUCUUACAAUGUUCAUCACCAAUUUUGUGCCAUGA